AGUGAUGCUAAGCCUAUGCUUGUGCUGCGAAGCAGCUUUAACGGAAUCGAGACUGCAAAGUGCACAGAAGCUGAAAAGGGGAAUGAUGUAUGGAGAAGUCUGCAAACAGACCGAGUUGCUCUGACAAAGAAUUUAAAUUGUAAACAUGGCUUUGUUAACGAAAAAAGGAGCAUUGGUUCAAGGCAAGAAAUUCUGUGGCAAUUUUGUCAUGUUUUCACUGAUUCUGUUUGUAUCCAAGACUGUAAACCUCUGAAGAAUCUGAAAUGUGAGCAAGAGCCAAACAAAAUGGCAUCGUCUUCGCACUUUCUCCACAUUGGUGAUAUCAUAUCUUUGUUUGCUGAAGGAGGAGUCAGUGGCUUUAUUAGCACUCUCGGUCUCGUAGAUGACAGAGUUGUGGUUGAGCCGGAUGCUGGAACAUUGGAGAAUCCGCCCACGAAAUACAGAGACUGCCUAUUCAAAGUAUGCCCCAUGAAUCGGUAUUCUGCCCAGAAUCAGUUCUGGAAGGCUGCUAAACCUGCUGUCUCGACAACCAGCGAUACUGUGCUCCUCAAGAAGUUGCAUCAUGCAGCUGAAUUGGAGAAGAAACAAAACGAACAAGAUGGCAAGAGAAUGAUUUCCACUGUUGUGCAGUACGGGGGCGUCAUACAGCUAUUGCAUAUCAAGAGUAACAAAUACCUUACUGUUAACAAGCGGCUUCCUGCACUGCUAGAAAAGAAUGCCAUGCGAGUGCAUUUGGAUACUGAAGGCAACGAGGGGUCAUGGUUUUAUAUUGUACCAUUUUACAAGCUGCGAACGCCAGGUGACAAUGUGGUGGUGGGAGAUAAAGUUGUGUUAAACCCAGUCAAUGCAGGCCAACCACUGCACGUUAGCAAAUAUGAACUAUCAGAUAAGCCUGGAUGCAGAGAGGUGAACUCCGUUAAUUGUAAUACUUGCUGGAAAAUCAAUCUUUAUAUGGAUUACAAGGAAAACAGAGACGAUGUCUUAAAGGGAGGUGAUGUCAUACGACUUUUUCAUGCGGAACAAGAAAAGUUUCUGACGAUGGAUGAAUAUAAAAGGAAGUCUCACGUGUUUCUUAGAACAACAGCACGUGCUACCGCCACCUCUGCAACAAGCUCGAAGGCACUGUGGGAAAUCGAGGUCGUGCACCAAGAUGCAUGUCGUAGCGGUGCUGCCCAUUGGAACAGCUUCUUUCGAUUCAAGCAUCUCGCAACUGGGCGAUAUCUUGCUGCAGAGGUAGACGACAGUGAAUCAAAGGAUACUAACAGAAACAAACUUCGUGGCUCAAACCCUGUGUAUACGCUGAUUUCUGUUGACAGUGGAAAUGACCUUGCCUCGAUUUUUGAACUGGACCCUACGGUUUUGCAGAGAAGUGAUGAUCUGGUUCCUAAGUCAUCGUAUGUUCGUUUAAAGCAUGUCUGCACAUAUACAUGGGUCCACUCGACGUCGAUUCCUAUUGACUCUGAAGAAGAUCGACCAGUCAUGCACAAGGUUGGCACUGCUGUAAUCAAAGAAGACAAAGAAGCAUUUGCUAUAACUCACGUGAACGCGGAAGAAGUUAGGGACCUCGAUUUCAUGAAUGAUGCUAGUCGAGCUGUAGCUGAAAACUGUAAAAAGAUGGAGGAUGGUCAUUUCUCGCAGUCUGACCGAAAGAGCCUUACACAGCUUUUAACAGAUAUCAACCUGUUCGUGCUGAACGUGGACAUGACAACUAACAAGCAAGACGUUCUUUCAAUUACAUCCCAAAAACCUGACAGAGAGCGGCAAAAACUAGCAAGAGAGCAAAACGUCCUGAAACUGGUUUUUCAACUGCUGAAGUCCCCGUUUGUUGACAAAGCUGCCGGUGGUCCGAUGCUGAAAAUAGACGAGCUGUCAGACACAAGGAAUGCACCGAUAAGACAUAUUUUGAGGCUGUCAUACAGGCUCCUUCGAAACAGCUCUAAAGAUUAUCGCAAAAACCAGGAAUACGUCGCAAAACAGUUCGGUUUCAUGCAAUCGCAAAUUGGUUAUGAUCUGUUGGCAGAAGAGACAAUAACAGAUUUGGUGCAUAAUAACAGAAAAUUGCUUGAAAAGCAUAUAACAGCGAAAGAAAUUGAGACUUUUGUCACACUUGUAAGACGAAAGAGAGACCACAGGUUUUUGGACUAUCUUUCGGAUCUCUGUGUUUCAAACGACACUGCCAUUCCGUCAAUGCAAGAGCUAAUUUGCAAGUCCGUUCUGCAUCCUCGAAACGUUGAUCUUUUGAUUGAAACAAGGGUGUUUGAAAACGAUGUUUAUUUGUUCUGGAAGGAAGGAACACAAAUGAAAUCUCAGCGCGCUCUAGCAAGAGGAGCUCGAAACAAUUUGCCAGAUGACGUCAGCAUCCUCAGUUUUUACUUAAACCAACUUCAUUUGUUUGCACAGAUGUGCUUAGAUCGUCAGUAUCUUGCCAUCAAUAGCAUAAGCAAACAACUGGACAUCGACCUGAUGCUUAGAUGUAUUGCCGACGAGCAGCUCCCAUGUUCCCUACGAGCUGUUUUUUGUCGUUUGUUGCUGCAUUUGCACAUCGAUAGAGAUCCCCAAGAACCUGUGCAACCAGUCAGAUAUGCAAGGCUAUGGUCAAAAAUCCCCGCUGAGCAUUCUGUUGAGGAAUACGACUCGCAGUUGAGGGAAGAAUUGUGUGGAGAAAAUAACCCUAGUAACAGCUAUCGUUUUCUGCCGACGAUGCAGUUUGUUGAAAACUAUCUACAGAAUAUUGCCAACUCAAAAGGUGGAGGAUUCAACGAUGCAGAGCAAAAUAAACUGACAUAUGAGGUUGUCCAAAUCGCACGAUAUUUGAUUCGCUUUGGGUUUUAUGGAUUCAAAGAUCUCUUACGAUUGACGAAGAUGCUACUGGUGAUUCUAGACGGAGAAGAAGGGGUGCAUAUAGCUACAGUAGGCACACAGAAGAGGCAUGACGUAUACAGGUCUCUUCAAACUGUUGGGGCCGUAGUUACGAAGAUGGCCCUUGGGAAAUCGGCCACACCGUUUGAAAAUUUCCAACCAAAGGCAGUAGCGGACGUAGCUAAAAUAGAAAGCCCCAAAUCUACAUCUCCACCCAGUAUAAAAGCCGGAAACCAAGUAGACUUGGUUGUCAUGAACACAAAACUGAAAAUAAUGGAGAUUUUGGAGUACAUCAUGAAUGUUCGUCUUGAUUUUCGAAUGUCGACUUUGCUCUCCAUCUUUAAACGAGAUUUCGACGAGAACAGCGGUGAGCCUGGCAACAAUGAAAGUGGAGGAAUUGAUCUUGACAAUAUCAGUCUCGAAGCGGAGAAGAUGUUCGAGACAAUGGAAGGAAAUAUAGACCUUGAUCUUGAUGGCUGUGGAGGAAGGAUGUUCCUUCGAGUUCUAAUACACCUCUCAAUGCACGAGUACGCUCCACUUGUGACGGGGUCAUUGCAGCUGCUCCUAAGACACUUUGGCCAGCGACAGGAAGUUCUACAAGCGUUCAAGCAGGUUCAACUAUUAGUUUCAAACGAAGACGUUGAGAAUUACAAGCAAAUUAAGUCAGACUUGGAUGAACUGCGACUUCUUGUUGAGAAGUCUGAACUUUGGGUGUACAAAGGCAAAAGUCAAUCGCUAUCAUUGAACCCGCCCCCUGGAUUGAAGAAGAGGAAAAGCAAACUUUUAGGUCUCGAUGACAAGACUGAUAACAGAGGCAACGAGCAAGUGAAAAUAGAGACAAGAGAUUCAAUAUCUUCAGCUCAGGAAGAGGGAAGCGUCGCUGAGAGCACAGAGUCAUCAUUAUUCAGAACCCGUCAUUUUAGUGAAUCUCUUGAUGGUGAAACAGAUCCAAAUAUACUUGAAGCCGUUUCAAGUAAGAAUUAUGCAGCCGUGGCAGAGAUAAUUCAAAGAUUUUGCGAUCUUUGUUUGACAAAAGAUCAAAAACAGAGUAGAAAACACGAGCAGCGACUUCUCAAAAACAUGGGUGCAUAUACAGUUGUGUUGGAUCUUCUUCAGAUUCCAUUCGAAAAGUCGGACAUGCGAAUGCGAGAAAUCAUGGAAUUAGCGCACAAAUUCCUGCAAAACUUUUGCUUUUGCAACCCACAAAACCAAGCCCUAAUGCAAAAGUAUGUCGAUAGGUUUCUCUCAUCUGGUUUAGGGUUACUGGAAGCAGAGACGAUUCGAUAUAUUUAUAUGGAAAACGUGGCAUUGUGUAAUGAGGUGUCAGAAUCGCUUGUACAACAGAUUGUGCACGCAAUCGAAUCUGGAGGUAAACAUGUUAGGUAUUUGCAGCUUCUUCAGACGCUGUUGAAAGCAGAAAAUCAACUGAUACGAAAGACGCAAGAUACAAUUAUGGCAGAGCUGGCAAGUGUCGGUGACGACGUCCUUGUCUUCUACAAUGACCAUUCGUCUUUUGCCAAUCUGCUGGAUAUGAUGCAGUCAGAGAGAGAAAGAAUGGACCCUGACGGCCCUCUCAAUUACCACAUCAACCUUGUCACGCUCUUGGCUUGCUGCACCGAAGGCAAGAAUGUUUAUACGGAAAUCAAAUGCCACAGUUUGCUGCCGUUAGAUGAUAUUGUCCGAAUAGUGACACACCCAGACUGCAUUCCGGAGGUUAAAACUUCGUAUAUCAAUUUCUUGAAUCACUGUUAUGUUGAUACUGAAGUUGAGAUGAAAGAGAUUUACAACAGCACACACAUUUGGACAUUGUUUGAAGAAUUUAUGGUUGACAUGGCAAAGGUUGCCAACACAACUCACAACAGACAACAUGCUGACCUUCUUCUUGAAAAUUUCGUCACGGAGGCUGUUCCAAGCAUAUUGACGAAUUUUUUCAACUCUCCUUUCUCAGAAACAAGUACAACCAUUAAGGCUCGUCAGCCCAUUUUCGUCCGAUUGCUCUCAAGUCUGUACCGGCUAUCACAGUGCAAAUGGAUUUCGGGUCAACAAAAAUUCCAUGUAGAAGGCUGCAUCAAAAAUCUCGCAGGAAUAGCGAAGACACGGGGUAUUGGAAUUCCUAACGAUCUGGAAACAGAAAUUAUUGCAAUUAUCAAUCGAUCAAAGCUUGUGUUGAAACAUACAAGGCAUUGGAUGAGCCAUCGGCAAAGACGAGAUUCAAUUAUCAUUACUGUGUCGAAGGAUUACAGGAAUAUUAUUGAGGGCUUGCAGGACAUUGUUGCUCUGCUGGAAGAUCAACUGCGGCCUCUGGUUGAAGCCGAGUCUUCUGUGCUGGUUGACGUCAUCUACAGAGCCCAUAUGCUUUUCCCUCAUUCUUCUGACAACAGAAAGAAAGCUAUUGACGGCGGGUUUAUAUCCAAAAUGAUUCAGCAUGCAAAAGCUUUGACAAAGGAGAAUGAGGUGUUAUGCUUGAGGAUCCUACGAGUACUGCAACAAACUCUAGAGCUUGACACAAAUUUUGAAGAAAAGGGUAACAAACUACGAGUAGUUCUUUUGACGAGAUAUUUUGGUCACUCUGACUACAACAUGAUUGACAAAAUGGAUGCUGUUUUAACAAAAUCAAUCUCACCGGGCAAAAUAGUUGCUACGACCAGCCAAGGAAGUUCAAAUGGCCGUCUCAGAUCGGGCCUGACUUUACCUGAACUUCAGUCAAUGUUAGAUGAAAAUGGAGCAACGGAUCUAGUGAUUGAUCUUAUUAUUGGGGAUCAUAGCCAUGCAGUGUUCUUAGAGUGUCUGCAUUUAGCUAUUGCGCUGUUAGAGGGUGGCAAUGACAUGGUUCAGAAAUCAUUCCAUAGACGAUUUUUGUCACCCAAAACUGAAACCUUCUUCCACUGCAUUCACGAUCAAAUGACCGAUGCACAAGAAGACAUUAAAAGCAAACUGACUGUCAUAACACCAGAGAUUCAAAAUAGAAAACGAGAUGAAGAGGCCACAGUGACGGUGUGUCGAAAGGAACAACCUGCAACUCAGCGAAAAGACGAACGGGAUUUUCCUCAACUUCCAGGUAUAAUUUUGUCUUUAACGGAUGAAAUGAAAGAGCAAUUAAGCGAAGCUGCAUCACAGACUAACAAAGCCUACCUAGCUGUAAGACGAGGAAGAGAAAUGGAAGGUUCUGAGCGGCAUAACGCGUUGGGAGAGCUGAGUAUGAAGGGUGGUCCUGCUGGACGUCUGUUGAGUCAGGAGAUUGCCUGCAUGCAGCCCAUCUUGAGAUUUCUGCAGCUUCUUUGCGAAAAUCAUAACACAAAUUUACAGACGAUCCUAAGAAAGCAGGAUAACAAGACUAAUUUCAACCUCGUGUCGGAGACAUUGUCGUUUUUAGACUGCAUCUGCGGCAGCACAACUGGUGGUCUAGGGCUUCUUGGCUUGUAUAUCAAUGAGCACAACGUAUCGCUGAUCAACCAAUGCCUUUGCACGCUCACCGAGUAUUGCCAGGGGCCGUGCCAUGAAAAUCAGAACGCGAUUGUGAGCCAUGAAUCGAAUGGGCUUGAUAUCGUCAUAGCGCUUGUCCUCAAUGACAUCAGUCCGCUGAGUAAACAUAGAAUGGAUCUUGUCAUGGAGCUCAAGAACAAUGCAUCUAAGCUUCUUCUGGCAAUAAUGGAAAGUCGCCACGACAGUGAAAAUGCCGAGAAGAUUCUUUACAAUAUGAGUUCUGCCUCGCUGGUCGACGUUUGCAAGGAGGCCUUUAGGCAGGAAGACCUCGAUUCUACUGUGGAUAGCGAUGUAUCCCCAAGGGAUGUCGGCCAUAACAUUUACAUUCUUGCCUACCAGCUAUCGAAACACAACAAAGAACUUGCGGCUUUGCUGAAAAUAGAACGUGGGCCCGAGGCAAAUGAAGAGCCUCAAAUUGAUGGUGCACUGGAGUAUUACGCAAGGCGAACAGCGCAGAUUGAAAUUGUCCGCCAAGACCGAUCAUUAGAGCAGAUUGUUUUCCCCGUCCCUCCUAUAUGUGAAUAUCUGACAGAUUCCAGCAAGUGGAAUGUGUACUGUAAUGCUGAAAGAGACGAGAAAAACAGCAAGGUAACGGACUUUUUCGAGCGUUCUGACGAACUUUAUAGAGAAAUGCAAUGGCAGAAACAAUUACGAGACCACGCCACACUCUUUUGGUGCAGCAGAAAUAUUCAAGUCUGGAAAAUGAUAGCUGUUCAUCAAGCCUUGAUUUUGAAUCUUCUAGUUGCUUUUUUCUAUCCAUUUUCAGAAGGCCCGAAAGAACUUGACCCAAGGCUAUCCAUCCUUAUCUGGGUAGCCAUGUUUGUUUCAUUGGCUGUCACAUGCACACUUCCAAGAAUGUCUGGAAUAUGGACCUUAGUUGCCUCUAUUUUGCUGAGAAUGAUAUUUUCCUUCGGAAUCCAGCCAACACUGUGGAUACUUGGUUGUACAAUGGCUUUCAACAACUGGAUAUUUCUUGUCAGUUAUCUUGGUAAUCGUGGAACAUUCAAGAAUCUUGAGCUGAGAAGAGUUAUUCGUGAUCGCACUUUGUUAUCGCAUAUCGCAUUCUUCAUUGUUGCCAUUCUAGGAGCAUUUGUACAUGAGUUUUUCUAUAGUAUAUUGAUGGUCGAUGUGCUUCUUCAAGAAGAAACCUUACUAAACGUCGUACGAAGUGUUACGAGAAAUGGGCGUUCAAUUGUGAUCACUGCCGUUUUGGCCUUGGUUUUGGUCUAUUUCUUUUCAAUAGUUGGUUUUAUAUUUUUCAAAGAGGAUUUCCUUAUCGAAGCAGAACCUGUAACGGUCAUGACAGAGCCUUUGCUUAAUCAGACUUGUUCUGCCGACGGCCUAUGCGACAUCAAACCGAUGCAGCUGGUGGAAUCGAAGGCUGUAGACGUAGAGAACGUGCGAGAACGUACGUGUGACACCUUGAUUAUGUGCAUCGUCACCACGUUGAAUAAAGGCUUGAGAAGUGGCGGUGGGAUCGGCGAUGUUCUACGAAAGUCAUCUAGCAAGGAUGCAUACUUCGUGGCCAGAGUCAUUUAUGACUUAGUGUUCUUUUUCGUUCUCAUCAUCAUCGUAUUAAACCUUAUAUUUGGUGUCAUAAUCGACACAUUUGCUGACCUCAGAAGUGAAAAGCAGACAAAGGAGGAAAUUUUGAAAAAUACUUGUUUUAUAUGUGGCCUCGACCGUUCAUCGUUUGACAAUAAAAGUGUCACCUUCGAGGACCACGUAAAUUCAGAGCACAAUAUGUGGCAUUAUUUGUACUUUAUUGUAUUAACAAAAGUCAAGGAUCCAACCGAAUUCACAGGGCCUGAGAGCUAUGUUUCAGAGAUGAUUAAAGAGAAAAACCUCGAUUGGUUUCCAUAUUUGAGAUGUAUGUCGCUGUCAGUGGGUGACACCGAAAACGAGCAAAAUGAAUAUCGAACGUUGCAGCUGCAACUUGAAGCAACCAGCGAAUUGGUGCACACCUUGUCACUACAACUUACUGAGCUGCGGGAUCAGAUGGUGGAGCAGCGCAAGCAGAAACAAAAACUAGGUUUUCUCGCUGCACCACACGCGAGGACAAAUGGCUUUAUUCACCAUCCAAGAGAACCCUCUUACUAGUAAUAAUCUUAUAAUUGGUAGUUCUUUUGUGUAAGUACCCUCACAGACACAAUGCACUCUUUUCUAUAUGUUCAUUUGCCUUUACGCAACAGACGUAUUCUGAAUGAAAGGCAGAUCAUUAUUAUAAUUUAUGAUAAUCAAUGUAUGUAAUUUAUGUUCUCUAAAUCAAUUACCCAGCGCAAAUCGAGUUCCUUGCGUUGCAGUUGGAAUUCAAAGAAGUUUCUUUCAGUGCAUUUUUAUUACUAAAGCGCGUGAAUUUGAUUGCAGUCCAAUUUGAGAUUUUUGGAACAAUUCGGUAGAAGUUGUCCAAACCAUGACCAAAAGGUCUGUACCAAAUUGAUCGUUUAGCCCAGGCUAAGGGGGAACAUGAUUGUUAACAAAGUUAUAUUUACAAGUUCGGUGUUGCAAUAACCGCUUCACUCUCAAUUGUAACAGAUCUUGUUCGUAAGGCUGGCCUUUUCUGUUCAUCUUCUUUUUUCAGAAUACGUUGUUGCUGAGUUUUCGUCGUAAAUUAAUUUUGUUAAACACAAUUUCUCGCACAAAUGGGGGUACUUUGUAGAUUUAGAUAGCAUUAAUAGUCGUGUUAUUCAUUAAGAGCACGAUCUCCAGGCAUCUUUUUUGAUACCAAAUAGAUUCAAAUUUAAUAAA